AUGAACAAAACAAUCAUGUUUUUUAUUAACCGAUCAUGUAUGAGAAAUUUCGCCACGCUGAGCAAAACGUUAACGAAUUCCCCCAGCAGAAUAAUCAGAAAUGGUUCCUUUAGAAGAGUAAUUCGUGAAAACAAUCAAAUAACGAAUACGCCUCCGGUAUAUUCAUAUAAAGAAAAUAAUAAUAGCAGUAUAAUAAAAGUGCAUGACCCUGUAGCUACUACAAUCCUUAAUGAGCCGACAAUCAUUAUCGAAAGACAGAUAGAAUUCAUGAACGUCUUCCUAGGUUUCGAGCAGGCCAAUAGGUAUGCCAUAAUGGACGUGAACGGAAACAAAAUAGCAUCAAUGAUGGAAAGAGAUUUCUCUAUAACAAAGGCCAUAAUGCGGCAGUUUUAUCGUCUGCAUCGACCUUUUUUAGUAGAUGUCUUUGAUAAUUGGGGAAAUGUAAUAAUGACGAUCAAAAGGCCCUUUUCGUUCAUAAAUUCUCACAUCAAGACUAUCGUACCUCCUUCUGCGUAUGUUGACAAUGGCAGUGGGUCCUCUCAUUAUCAUGACGGUAAAGAAGGAACGAUAGUGGGAGAGACCAUUCAAAACUGGCAUCUCUGGAGGCGCCGUUACGAAUUAUUCCAGAAAAAUGGAACAGAAGGAUCUACGUUUGACCAAUUUGGUAAAAUAGAUGCACCGUUUUUAUCAUUUGAUUUCCCCGUAACAGAUGCUGAUGGUAAGAUAAUGGCUAGUGUGGAUAGAAACUGGGUUGGAUUAGGAAGGGAAAUGUUUACCGAUACUGGUGUUUACGUUGUUAGAUUUGACUCACAGAGAUGCUUUAAUGAUAUUUAUCCCACUGAAUUACUGAGUUCUCAAGUAUUAACUUUGGAUCAAAGGGCUGUAUUAUUAGCAAACGCUGUCUCCAUUGAUUUUGACUAUUUUUCGAGACAUUCGAGGCAAACUGGCGGUUUCCUUUCUUUUGGUGGCGGUUAUGAUGAGUAG